UAAAUUCAAAUUUAUAUUUUGUAUUUGCCGUAAAAUUGUUAACAUCCCUGUACGAAAAUGUACUAAAAACAAAAGGCAAAAUUGACAACGUCAACAAAAAAAAUUAAUUGUGUGUAAUACAACAACGUUCGGCGCAGGUGAGGAGCAACAGUCGGGAUAUUAAGACAAGCACUGUGUUAAUAAUUUUUAAGUAUUGUAUUUGAUUUACACAAAAGAACUGUGUGUAAAUUAAUUAUUAAUGUGUAAAAUUUACAAAGCAAAAUUCGUAUAAAACAUAUUUUUUUAUUAUACACUGAACAAUACAAACAAUUUUCCGUAACAUAUGGAAUUGGUAAAAACCGCUGACGUCUGUGCUGAUAAACAAAAGAGUCAUUAAUGAAAACCGAAGAAACACAUUAUGUCAGGUACACGGUAUGAACGGCUCAACGAUGAUGUGUCUUUAGGUGGAUAUAUUGGUGGAGACGAAAGUGAUGAAAUUGAGUUAGAGUCAGACCAUCGUAUUAAAUACCAUGGUUCAACUGAUAUUAUAGAACGAAAUGGAAGAAAAAGAGAACGAACUCAUGGCAGAAAUAUUGUGCAUGAGCAAAGCGGUGCUGAGCAAAACAUAGCACAUCUGCCGCGUUCACCUCUUGUGCAACUUGCACUUGGUUCCUUAUGUACGGUUGUACUUUAUUUAAUAUUAUCCAUAUGCUUGAUAUUCUACCAAAAAGCUUUAGUUCAGAAUAUCAAAUUUCCACUUACUAUAGUUUCAUAUCAUCUUGUGAUAAAAUUCAUACUUUCUGCCAUUGUGCGCGCGGUUUACAAAUGUCGCACUGGAAAAACUCGCGUCCAAAUUGAUUUUCGUACAUCUCUGCGCAAUAUGGCACCAACCGGUAUUGCUAGCGGCAUAGAUAUAGGAUUCUCUAACUGGGGCUUAGAAUUAGUAACGAUUUCUUUAUAUACUAUGACAAAAUCAUCAACGAUUGUGUUUAUUUUAAUAUUUGCAAUAAUCCUAGGUCUAGAAAAAAAGAGUUGGGUGCUAGUUUUUAUUGUUGCUCUAAUUGCUACAGGCCUUUUUAUGUUGACAUACAAAUCAACACAAUUCAAUGCAUUGGGUUUUAUAUUCAUAUUGGGAGCAUCAUUAAGCAGUGGCAUACGUUGGAGUUUUGCGCAAUUUCUCAUGCAAAAAUCAAAAUUGGGUUUGCACAAUCCAAUUGAUAUGAUAUAUUAUAUGCAACCAUGGAUGAUGAUGUCCGUUUUACCAUUAAUUGCAUUUGAAGGACCAAAAUUAUAUGAUGCUCUUCUGAGCUUACCUGAAAUACCAAAUGAUGUUAUAUACAUGACUAUAAUUAAAAUCACAUUUGGUGCAAUGCUUGCUUUUCUAAUGGAAGUAAGUGAAUUUUUGGUUGUUGCUCAAACAUCGAGUUUAACGCUUUCAAUUGCUGGAAUAUUUAAGGACUUUUGUCAAUUGGCUUUAGCUUUUGAAUUCAAUGGCGAUCAACUCUCACUUAUUAAUGUGUUAGGUUUAGUUGUUUGUUUAGCUGGUAUAUGCUGUCAUUUGCUUCAUAAAUAUACAAUGUUAGUUAAAUUAGAAGCCAUUAAUUCCAUUCACAAUGAUAAUGAUUUGACAUUCCUAGACACAACUAUAAAUAAUAAUGGUGUAAAUACUUCGCACCAUAAUCAAACAUUCAAUACAGCUCAUAGAGCACACACAAACCUGACAGUUCCACUUUUAGACGAGACAGAUUCUGAUGAUUCAAAUAAUGGCCAUAAAGAGCAAAAUUCAUCCGACGUUAUAUUUGAUGUACUUAAAAGACGAGAUAUGCAAAGAUGAGCAAAUAUUUCUUACAGAUAUGAGUUGAAAGGUUAAUUAAAUUUUGAGACUCAGCGAUGAGCACAUAUUGCUAAAAAUAUGACUUAGAAAACAGAAAUAGAUGACAAAAAAUAGAGUUUUGAGACCCAAUGAGGAGCAUAUAUUGCUCAAAAAUAUAUGACAUGAAAGGCAGCUAAUUAAAACAAAACUUGAAACUCAUGUAUAUGCUGUAAAUUAGUUAAAUUGAU